AUGUCGAAAGUAAUUGUUUUAGUAGCUACUAAGGCAAGUCUAAUACUGAUCCUUGUAACAUCUUGGUAUUAUUACGAAUCCACGGACAAUUCCGCAGUAAUUGUCUCUACUGUGAACGGGAAAAUCAAAGGAAAAGUAGUAAAGUUGAAGGUCGAAGAUACAAAUUCCGUGUGUGUGUUUCGAAACAUUCCUUUUGCUAAACCACCAGUGGGAAAACUGAGAUUUUUACCCCCAGAACCAGCGGAAUCAUGGAAAGGUGUUCGAGAUGGUACUAUACAGGGUAAUCUGCCAAUGUAUCCAAGAAUACUCGAUGAACCUCUAGGAAAAUAUUUUCCUCUCAUUAAUCCCAAUGUUAAUGAUAUCAGUAACGAAGACUGUUUGCAUUUGAGUGUUUUUGCGCCCAGACUCAACAAACCAAAAAAGCUUCCAGUUAUGGUUUUCUUUUAUGGAGGAAGUUUUGUAGUAGGAGGGGAGAAGUUUUUUGACGGAACUGUGUUGGCGGGAAUGAAUGAUGUGGUGGUUGUUGUACCUAAUUACAGAGUUGGAAUAUUUGGGUUUUUAUCUCUCGGUUCGUCAUCGAAAGUAUCCGGAAAUGGAGGCAUAAUGGAUCAACAAUUGGCUUUAAAAUGGGUGAAAAAUAAUAUCAAAAAGUUCGGUGGGGAUGAAAACAACGUUGUAAUUUUUGGGCAAAGUUCGGGAGCCGUUUCUGUGAACCUUCAUUUGAUGUCACCUUUGUCUCGAGGCUUGUUUCAUAAGGCGAUUAGUCAUAGUGGACAAGCAAUAUCGCCUGGAUCUUUCAAUCCAGAGAAGGUUAUUGCCAAUGGAAACAAAAUUUUAUUUGAGCAUUUAAAAAUCAAGGCAACGGAUCAAAACAAGAUUUUGGAAGAACUUCAAAAUAUUCCACCAGAAGAGUUGGUUACUGCAUCAUUAGCGUUAGCACGGAAAGGCGUGUCAUUCAAGCCGACGAAUGAUGGAAAGGUUUUGCCUGAAACCCCCGAACAAAUGCUGAGAAACAAAGACUUUGCAAAAGUACCAUACAUAAUCGGCUGUAAUGACUCAGAAGGACAUGGCAUAUUACAUCAGGCAUUUAUACCAGGAUUUGCAGAAGGAAUUAGUGAACAACUUGCCAAAAACUCCGUGACUUUUCCGCUAUCAGAUACGGGUUUUGAAAAAUGCAAAGACUUCUAUAUUAAAGAUCAAGAUGGUGAUCAACGAUUCAGUAUAUUGCUUGGCAAUAUCUCUGGUGAUGCAAUGAUAGUAUCGAAAGCUGUACGCACAGCUUCCGUAUUUGCCAAUGCCGGUGCCCCAGUCUACAUGUAUCUUGGAGCAUUUCAAUUAAAAAUGUUCCGAAAUGAUGAAUAUGGACCACAGGUUGGUAGGAAACCAUUUUGGUGCAAUUGUGAUCGUACGGAUGAGAUGCAUAUGACUCUCGGAGUACCAUUCUCAACUAUAAAACUACGAGGAGGUGGCAAGUUUACGAAAGAGGAAGCUGAAAUCAGUAAAAAGUUUAUGACUUAUUUGACAAACUUUGCAAAAACUGGAAAUCCAAACGAAGGAGAUCACGUUGAUACAAUUUGGCCGCGAUAUAAAUCAAAAGGAGAACACCUGAUUGUGGCAAGCACAUUUUCUACGGGAAAGAAUCUGGCAGAAAAAAGAGUUGAUUUCUGGAAUAAUAUUAUGCCUCCCUUCAUGACAAAACCUCAAUGA